CCGGCACUUUCCGUCAGUCUUCAGUCUGGUGCGGUGGAAUGCGCUCGUGUCUGCAUUUUGUUCGCGAGCCGCGCGUCUUUCAUUCAUACUUCUCUGUGGUAGUAAUUUUUUGUCGUUUUCUAUCCAAAGAUUUACAUUCAAAACAUCUCGUCCCUAAGAUCGAACGUGCGUGGUAAUAUAUAAAAUGCAGACACUUCCAACCAGAUCGGUAGUGUAACGUUCAUUGCUCGUGUAAACACAAUGGACUUCGUCGUUCCAUACACAAAGGACGGAUAGAAAGCAGUGAGUGAGUGAGUGGAGUAUAGUGUCCAAGAUGGCGGAAUCAAGCUAUUAUCAGGGCGAUUACAUCAGGCACCCGGUGUACGAACUGUCGAGCAAGUAUGGAGUGGCUAGCAGUGACCAGGUGCCCUUGCCGGCUCGUCUCGACGAGCUCCGGGAGCACAUACGCCGAGAAAUACGCAAGGAGCUGAAGAUAAAGGCCGGCGCCGAGAAGCUGAGAGAAGUGGCGACCGAUCGUAAAGCGCUCUCCGACGUGGCGACGAUCGUGAAAAAGUCGAAUAGUAAGCUGAACGAACUGCAGGCCGAGCUUCAACAACUGGAGAGUCAAAUUAUAUUGACGCAGGGCCAGCCGCAGUCGCCCCAGCAAAAUCACUCGAACGGUCAAGACACGCCUCUGUCACCAAUGGGGCCGUCGUCACCGAGUCAGGAGGGUCUAUUCACGGAUCUUCGCCUUUUGUCCUUGGAGAAGCAGCUCAAUAUCGAACUCAAGGUGAAACAGGGGGCGGAGAACAUGAUCCAGAGUUUGACGAGCGGAAGGGACAAAAAGUUGCUGCAGGAGGCUCAACAAAUGCUCGACGAUUCUCGCGCUAAAAUCGAGUUCCUACGUAUGCGAAUAAUGAAAGUGCGGCAGGCUCGUCAGCAGCAGCACGCGCGAGGCGAUGCACCACCGCCGAACGGCGAGACGACUAGCAACAAAGACAGGUACGAGCCUAGUUUGGAGUUGGCGUUGGAGGAAAGGGUGGAGGAGCUUCGACAUCGUUUACGGAUCGAAGCCGCGGUCGUGGAAGGGGCUAAGAACGUGAUACGCCUUUUACAAAGUGCCAAAGUCGCCGAUAAGAAGGCCUUAACGGAGGUACCCUGUUUCGUUGUUCGAGGAAUCGAACGAGAUAAAGACAGGAGAAAACAAGUGGUGCUUCCAUCUUUCGCGAAAUCGAUCGACCGUUCGAAUGUGCAGCGGAACGACACUGAGAAAGGAACGAGGGAUUUUCUUCGCGAGGGAGGCGAAAAACAGUUCUGCGAAUGGAUCUUCGCAACGAAACCGAUUAAACGCUCGGGACGAUGAUGUUUUGCGGUGGAUAACAGCGUGGAGAAGGUUGAAAAAAGGUACGACAUGUACGGGCGUCAAGGCGAUUCGAGUAACGCGCAACCACCAUGGUCGGUGCGUGCAGAAGUUACGAUUCGCCAUAGUACACCGGUAACUUCGGAAUCUAGCCAAACACCCGUAGGUAUAUCAUCGACUGUCACGGAUUCGGGCGGUGUUCGUAUGAUAUAUCGAUGGAAUACUACCAGUCAAUCGUCUCCAUCGCCGACGAUCCCAGUCAUCACAACUUCCGGGCCAUCCGUGUCUUCUGGCUCGUUUGGCUUUCAACGAGGAAACAUAUUGUUCACUUCGACGCCACCACCAAAAUCCACGCAAGGAUCUUUCACGAUUCCAAGAUCAGGAUCGUCUGGAAACGAUGAGCAUACGCCAUCUAGAGGACGUGGCGCGAACUUCUCGGAUUCGGGCUACAACAGUGAGCGAUUUUCACCUAAUUCGUACUCUAGUUUGCCUGUUCGUCGACCUUCCCAACAAUAUAAUCGUCGAUGCAGGAGCACGUGCAGUAUUGUACUGUCCGCUGUGGAUGGUUCAAAGGAAGAAAACUACAGCAAAGUAACCAGCAAUGAAACCGUUAAGCAUUCGUAUGACAAUUCUUGGCGCCAUCCCUCGGCGUACGUUUUCUCGCGGCAACAAUUCACCACAGUACCGGAAGUUUGCGAGGACUGCCCGGAGGAUGGCGCUUCCAGUGCGCAUGGAACGCAUUUUUGCAGUAGCGUAAAAGAGGAAGUUACGACGAAGUCGACCACGGUCAGCAAAGAUGCAUCUUCGCAAACGACGGAUAUAGAAUCCCGAGAAUCUUCGUCGAUGGUCGCUGACAAGAACAAAGUGAGGAGGAGAGCUGCUACUGGUCUCCGUUCAUUGGACGAGCAGAAGAAGAAGAAGCCAGAAAGUCGGUCGGCAACCACAGCUUCAGAGACCACAAGCAUCGGUCCUUCGGCGGAAUCGGAAAAGUCUGAUUCCUCGACGAAAGAUGACAGCGCGAAGAGGAAAUCACGAACCGUGCAUAUCGACGUGUAUUGCACCGGGUCCGAUGACGACGAGAAUGUCGAUACAUCGAGUGAAAACGAAUGCGAAACUCCUAUGACCGUGUUCGAAAAUCCAGACGUGAAAGUGACGCAUACUCGGGUAGCGGGUAACGUUUUGCCCAGGGGAUAUCAAGAUGACAAAGCUUUUCUGAAACGUGCCACGGAACGACGAUGCGACAGCUUUAAACACGCACCGAUGAGAAUGCCCUCUAUAGCCAGUUCAAAAGGUUAUGAUAGCGACGAUGUUUUCAGCUCACUUUAUCCUUCGCAAUUUAGUUCGUACAGCGCCUUGAGAGAUCCUGAUUCGGCGCCUUGGUCUGCCGCGUCUUCAAACGUGGGUAUUCCAUUCGAUUAUGAUUCGACUAUUGCUACCUCGGCCAAAGAUACAUUUUCUGACAUAGAAUCUUUGAUAAACGCUAAAACAGACUUAACCCGUUGUGACAGUUUCGAGUAUGCUAGUAGCACCGAUCGUGAAAGGAUACGCAGGAUGGAGGAAAUAUGGGCAAAGACGGAGGACAAAGAGAAGUAUUGGCGUUCACCUCAAAUCGAGCGUAAACAUUUGUUACGGAAUCGAAAGAUGAGAGAAUAUUUGAAAAAACACGAGGCAGGAUGGUCGUCGGGUGACAGUGACGUGGAAUCUGACGAGAGCGGUGCAAUUGGAUGGAGUUUUGUGUCCGGCAAGGAAAAUCAAGAAGGAAUUAAAAAAACUUCGUCCGUUCGAAGAGCGAGUAAAUCUAUCGCUGAAGAUGGGGAACUUUCAAAGCAAAAGAAUUCGCAGCAGUAUCAUUCUGAUUCAACGCGUAGCGACAGUAUCCCUCAUCUUUAUACUUUUCGUGAUCAAUUCGGUUCCAAGACUCCUUCCCCUCUUCCAUCAAAAGUACCUUCGAGAGUCACUUCUCCAUUUAUGACGCCUCAGGGUGAAAGAACCGACCAUAUUUUAAAAGCCUCUAUAUUCGGCACAGCUCAAGCAAGUCUUGCAGAAUCGAGUAGAAAGUUGGAUCUGCUGAGAUUAUCCCUUGAACUCAGAAGACAAGAAUUACCACCUGACAGUGGUACUGCUGCUCAAUUGAAGAGAGAAUUGGCUAGUGUGCAAUCGGCUAGCCCGGUUCCUGUGACUUACACGUCGUUACAACCAUUUCGUGGCCCUUUGGAGGGUAAAGCUACGGUGCCUGCUUCGGUUUCAAGAUGUGCUGCCGUCACAGGACAAUUAGAGGUAAGGUUAAUGGGAUGUCAAGACUUGGCGGAAGAAGUGCCUGGUCGCACAAGAAGAGAACAUCCAGCAAGUCCAGAUCUACGCAGUUUUGUUAAAGGGGUUACAGGACGUAGUUCGAGCAAAUCGUAUAGUGUUAAAGAUGAAACAAGUAAUGAUAUUAUGGCAGUUAUUAAACUGGACAACCAAACAGUAGGACAAACCAGUUGGCGACCGUGUUCUCAACAAGCUUGGGAUCAAAGGUUUUCCAUCGAACUAGAUAAGUCGAGAGAACUUGAAAUAGGCAUUUAUUGGAAAGAUUGGAGAUCUCUUUGUGCUAUAAAAUUUUUACGUUUAGAAGAGUUUAUCGAUGAUGUUAGGCACGGAAUGGCUUUGCAAUUGGAACCGCAAGGUCUUCUCUUCGCGGAAAUUAAAUUCUUGAACCCUAUGAUUUCAAGAAAACCUAAAUUACAACGUCAACGCAAAAUCUUUAAACAACAAGUGAAAAAUUUCCCAAGAGCUAAUCAAAUGAACAUCAAUGUUGCAACUUGGGGUAGACUUUUAAAACGAUCGGCAGCUCCUUCAUUGCACAAUUCAAGAAAUUCUGAAAGCCCACCAUCAGGACCGCAACCUUUACAACUAGUUUUUGAUACCUCGGUAGAAGAUAAACCGGAAACACCUGGAGAGUUACCUGAUCCGGAGAAAGGAGGCUUAGGAGGCGCUAGACCAUUAGGAUUAUCAACUUCUAGUAGUAGUCCUACAUUACCACGUCCUCCAGAACACCCACCACCUCCACCACCUACAAUUACAAAAAAACCUUCAAUGCCCGCACCUCCACCACCACCAAAAUUAGAUCAAGAAAGUGCAUUAAGGGAGUUUGAUUUCCUGCACAACGAAGAAAAGGGGGGUCUUCAGGGGGCAAAUUUGAGGCCUCUUGUAACAGAGCCUCGUCCUGUGCUGAUUGCACCACCCUCUCCGCGCACACCCUCGCCCCAACCCGUCGUCGAGUUUCCUGAAGAUGAGGUUGUAUACGAAAUGCCGAAUAAGCCUUCUCAAUACAGAGACAGUGCCUACGAAUCUAGAAGACAUUCGCAACUUACUGGAAUGACCAUAGAUAAUUUUAGACUACUCUCUGUUCUUGGCCGCGGUCAUUUCGGAAAAGUAAUUCUAUCGCAAUAUAGAAAUACAGGAGAAUACUUCGCAAUAAAAGCGUUAAAAAAAGGAGACAUAAUAGCGAGAGAUGAAGUAGAAUCUUUACUUUCAGAGAAGAGAAUAUUUGAAGUCGCCAAUGCUACACGUCAUCCUUUCCUUGUAAAUCUUUUUGCUUGUUUUCAAACUGAGGCACAUGUGUGCUUUGUAAUGGAAUAUGCAGCUGGAGGAGAUCUUAUGAUGCAUAUACACGCGGAUGUGUUUGGAGAGCCACGAGCUGUAUUUUAUUCAGCUUGUGUUGUAUUAGGGUUGCAAUAUUUGCAUGAAAGUCGAAUUAUUUAUCGAGAUUUGAAAUUAGAUAAUUUACUAUUGGAUACAGAAGGAUAUGUAAAAAUUGCGGAUUUCGGUUUGUGCAAAGAGGGAAUGGGAUAUGGAGAUAGAACAGGAACAUUUUGUGGUACUCCAGAAUUUUUAGCUCCUGAAGUGCUUACUGAAACAUCAUAUACACGGGCAGUUGAUUGGUGGGGUCUUGGUGUAUUAAUAUUUGAAAUGCUUGUUGGUGAAUCACCAUUUCCUGGCGAUGAUGAAGAAGAAGUAUUUGAUUCCAUUGUGAAUGAUGAAGUUCGUUAUCCGCGAUUUCUUUCUUUAGAAGCAAUUGCGAUAAUGCGGAGGUUAUUAAGAAAAAAUCCUGAUAGAAGAUUAGGUAGUAGUGAAAGAGAUGCAGAAGAUGUUAAGAAACAAGCAUUCUUUAGGCAUAUAGCUUGGGAUGAUUUACUUCUAAGACGUGUAAAACCACCAUUUGUUCCAGUAAUUCAUUCUGUGGAAGAUGUUAGUAAUUUUGAUGAAGAAUUUACAUCAGAAAAACCUCAAUUAACUCCACCUAAAGAUCCUAGACCACUUAGUGAUUUAGAACAAAGUUUAUUUAAAGAUUUUACGUAUAUGGCUGAUUGGUGCUAGCCAUAAUUAUGUUAAUCAUCUUUUUGUUAAAUUUGAUACGCAAAUUAUUUAGCGUUUUAAUAUAUUUUCAAUUUUAGGGGCAAUCAAAUUGCAAUUAAUAAUACCGAUGAUUAUAUAUUAUUUGUUUAAUUUUCAAAAUAUGUUCCACAUUUCAUAAUGUUAUGUAUUGUACAGAUGUUUUAUUUUUAAUAUCAUGAUAUAAUCAGACAUAUAGAAUUAAAAAAAUUAUGUUCACAACAACAUACGAAUCUCAGGUUUUUAACUAAUAUGUAUGAAUGUCAGAUUAACUUGUAGUUAUACAUUUAUCACAAUUGU